UUGGUGAGCCGCUGACUCCUCCCCCCUGCAGGUGAGAGUCUUGUAGAAGCACCUGCUGACCUUUGACCCACAUCCUGCAGUCUUCUCCUGCGCGUGCUCAGGCUGUCUCCACCGGGAGCGCGCUUGAAAAAAGGGGUCGUCUGUGUUUUCAGGCCUGUCCUGGUCACGCGCACCGCCUUCGCUCGUUGAAAAACGGUGUCGCGCGUCCCCGCCUGUGGCAUGCGCGCCCCCGCCGCCAGACUGGUCCGGCGUUUGGAGCGGAGGCGCCGCGUUCGCGCGUCAGUCUGAGAUGCGGCGCUUUGCGGCGCAGACUGCGGAGCCGCUGACCCUCCGGAGGCCGCUGCGCCAGAGCCGCUCUCUGCGGGGAAACCCGCAAACGCUGCGGGGCUGACGGACUUAAGUCCUCUUUUUAUUUUUUGGCUUUUUUGGGGGGGCAAGAUGCGCGCGCGCUGCGCACGUGCGGGAUUAUAGCGGACUCUGGGAUUAUCCGCGGAGCAGUCAGGCAGUCAUGUACGCGGGACGGAAGAGGAGGAAACCCGUCCAGAGAGCUGUGAAGCAGCCUCCAGCUGAAGGGGCCAAGUCCAACCCGUCCAAAAGGCACCGGGAUCGCUUAAAUGGCGAGCUGGAGCGCCUGGCCGGCCUGCUGCCGUUUCCAGAAGACGUCACCGCCAGUCUGGACAAGCUGUCCAUCCUCCGGCUGAGCGUCAGCUACCUGAGGGCCAAAAACUUCUUCUGCGCUGCGUUGAACAAUCCCAACAGAGAUUCUGAAGGAAACCAUGAAUCUACCAAAGGAGCGUGGAAGCAGAAGAUCCCUGAAGGAGAACUGCUGCUGCAGGCUCUGAAUGGAUUUGUUCUGGUCGUCACCGCCGGCGGAACCAUCUUCUACACGUCACACACCAUCCAGGAUUACCUCGGCUUCCAUCAGACGGAUGUCAUGCAUCAGAGCGUCUACGACAUGGUCCACUCUGAAGACCAGCAGGAGCUCCGGAGGAACCUGCACUGGGCCCUGAACCCUCCUCCCUCUGCCGAGUCAGGAGUUUCCCAGGACUCCCCUCCAGAAUCGGGGCCCGACAGCGGCUCGGCUCUGGUCUCCUACAGACCCGAGCAGCUUCCACCAGAGAACUCGUCUUUCUUAGAGAGAAGUUUCGUGUGUCGCUUCCGCUGCCUCCUCGACAACUCUUCAGGCUUCAUGGCGCUGAACCUCCAGGGCAGACUCAAGUUUCUGCACGGACAGAACCGGCAGCCAGAAAACGGAGGGAAAGUCCUGCCGCAGCUCGCUCUGUUCGCCAUCGCCACUCCCCUGCAGCCGCCAUCUAUUCUGGAGAUCAGGACCAAAAACAUGAUCUUCAGAACCAAACACAAGCUGGACUUCACUCCCACCGCCUGUGAUGCAAAGGGAAAGAUUGUUCUGGGUUACACUGAGGCGGAGCUGAGGGUUCGAGGAUCCGGAUACCAGUUCAUCCAUGCUGCAGAUAUGCUGCACUGUGCAGAGAAUCACGUCAGAAUGAUCAAGACUGGAGAAAGCGGGCUGACUGUGUUCCGGCUUCUUACCAAGGAGAACCGCUGGAAGUGGGUCCAGUCCAACGCCAGGCUGGUCUACAAGAACGGCAAACCCGAUUACAUCAUCGCUACCCAGAGGCCUCUGCUGGAUGAAGAAGGAGGAGAAUACCUGCACAAGCGCUCCAUGCACCUCCCCUUCACCUACGCUACAGGUGAGGCUCUGCUGUACGAGUCCAUCCACCCCAUGGCCGGCUUCAGAGACCCCACCCCGGAGAAAAACGCCAGCAGGUCAAAGAAGAGCCGCAGCGACAGCCUGGUUAGGAACGGCGUGAACCCUGCGUCCCUGCUGGGGGCGCUCAUGAGUCAGGACGAGUCCGUUUACGUUUGCCAGCCGUCCGUGGAGCCCGUAGGCUCCGCCCACAGCAGCUUCUACGCGGGAGUGGCCGUGUCCGAGUCGUCCCCCGCCACCGACCUCAGCGGCUGCUUCGACCCGCUGCUGGAGACGCUGGAUUCGCUCCGCCUGGACGGCCAGGUGGGAGACGGGGCGUGCUCAAACGGCGAGCUGUUCGGCGCUCUGGAGGGGCUGGGGCUGAGCGCCGAGGAUCUGGAGCUGCUGCUCCUGGACGAGCGCAUGAUCAAGGUGGAGAUGGACCCUGAGCGCGUUCCGGCGCUGGACGACCUGCUGACCAACGAGGAGAUCCUGUCCUACAUCCACGACUCCAUAGAAGCCCCGUCUGAGGGGCGGGGGCCGCCAGGCGGGGCCCCCGUCCUGCAGCUGUCGCAGCAGAUGCAGCAGCACCUGUGCACGCGGACAGGUGAGGCUCUGCAUCCAUGGCAGCGGCGUACCACCUGCGGCGGAGCGUGGACGGACCACGGCGUUCUGGACGCCGACGGGACGCAGCACCAGAACACAGACCGCCAGCUCCAUCAGCAGAAAAGCAGCACGCCAGAGGCCGGAACCGCCCAGCGGUGGGGCUGCGGAGAGAACUGGGACGCAGAUUACAGGACGCCGGACGGACGCCAUCCAGACUCCACCGUCAGAGGAGGAGUUUGGUUUGGGGGUCAGCAAAACCCAGAGGAGUUGGGUCCAAUCAUGGGAGUUAUCCCAGAGCGAGACCACUGGGACCCCAAUAGGAGUAAGAUGGAGAAUGGCUGCAUCCUUAACUCUUCUUACCCAGACGACUGGAACUGGAGCUGCAGCCUGGACGGUCCGGACGCUCAGCUCUGACGCCUCACCUGGCCGCGCCGACACACCUGGCCGCGCCGACACACCUGGCCCCGCCUUCUACCUCUAACACAACAAGCAGCAGCAAAACUCAGGCCGACUUCAGACGCCUUAUUGAUGCGGAAAACACCAACAAACGUUUGUUUAUGCAGGCUUGUUUAUCAAAGCAGUUUGUUUACAAGAAUACAGUGAAGAUGAAUUAUUUAUGUCAUUCAGAUAAAUGUGUUUAUUCAUUAAUGA